AUGGCUGACGACGACAACUUCGACAUCGACAUCUACGGCGAUGACUCCUACCAAGAUUCGGCCGCGCAGCAAGACACCACCGUAACCGACGCCAACACUCCCAACACAGAUGCGAACGCUGCGCCAUCAAACAACGCACCGGAUACCACGAAGGCGGAAAACGGCGAUCAAGCGAUCAAAGAGUCCACAGAGGACGCAACAAACGGGGAUGGCCAUCACGACCAGAGCACCCAACAGAUAGCGUCCACAGGGGGUGCGGCUGGCCUCGACGUUCACAAACAAGCACCCCAGCAACAGGGCACAAAGCGCAAGCAGGGUGAGGACGAUGAUCGCCCGACCGAUCCCGGCGCGACCGCAGCGCUCAUGAUCAACGACGUAAACUGGUGGAUUAGCGAAGAAGACAUCCGCGGAUGGGCUAAUCAGAGUGGUUGCGAAGACGAACUUGUCGAGGUAACCUUCAACGAGCACAAGGUCAACGGAAAGAGCAAAGGUCAAGUCUUCGCUCUUUUGAACUCACCUCAAGCAGCCACUGCUCUGAAGCACCAGAUCGAGAACCUCUUCAGAGACCAAGCCCACACGAAGAAGCCGACCGCGAUCUUCAGUCCUCCACACGUCAAUCCGUUUAAGACACUACCAAAGGAUGUUCCCGCGCGAGACAAGGGUAGGAACGAUCGCGCUACUUCCGGCAAUUACGGCAACCAAGGUGGAUAUAACAACAGAGGCGGAUACAACAACAACCGUGGCAACUUUAACAGAGGAGGCAUGGGCUACCAAAAUAACCGUAACUUCUCUCCUGCUGGUGGUAACAUGGGCGGCAACAUGGGAGGCUACGGGGCUCAAGCACCAAUGGGCAACUUCGGCAACCCUAUGGGCGGUAUGAACAACUUCGGAGGCGGCUUCAACCGCGGUGGUAUGAUGGGCGGUAACAUGCGUGGUGGUAUGGGCAAUCGUGGUCGUGGCGGCAACAUGGGCAUGAACCCUAUGGGCGGAAACCCCAUGGGUGGCAUGAACAUGCCUAUGGGCGGUAACAUGAUGGGCAUGGGAGCCAACAUGAUGGGUAUGGGUGGUGGCAACAUGGGCAUGAUGGGAGGAAUGGGAGGUGGCUUCGGCGGCAAUCCAGCAUUCAACCCAGGAUUCUUCCAAGGCAACCAAGGCAGCAACGAUGGCAGCUGGCAGAACCCGCACGGUGCCAAGAGGCCCCGCCCCGACGCCUUUGCUGUCGCUCAAUCGACGAACGGCACUGGCGUAAAGUGCCCUUCGAGUUCAAAGUUCGCGUCAAUCUCAGCCGGCACUUUCUUCGAAAAGCUGAACCCGGGGUGGAAUGUUGGCAACACGCUCGAUGCCGUGGAGACUGAAGGCAGCUGGAACAACCCACCUGUUGUAGGAAGCACAUUCGAUGAUGCGAAAAGAGCUGGGUUCAAGAGCAUUCGAAUUCCCAUCACCUGGGCGUACCACUUCACCUCUCAAUCACCAGACUGGACCGUCGAUCCUGUGUGGCUGCAACGUGUAUCGGACGUCGUAGACAUGGUCACAGACCGCGGAUUGUACGCCAUUGUCAACGUUCACCACGAUUCUUGGACUUGGGCCGAUUUGACAGUAGCGAACACGAAUGUCACGGCUGUUGAAGAGAGGCUUGGGAAGCUUUGGGAGCAGAUUGGCAAGAAGCUGGCUUGCAAGAGCGAAAAGGUUGCUUUCGAGACAAUCAACGAAAUUCCAGGAACUACGGCUGAGCAUGGCGCUGAGGUCAACAGGCUGAACGACAUCUUCCUCAAGGCUAUCAAUGAUGCUGGGGGUCACAAUCCGAAGCGCGUUGUUACGCUCGUUGGCGCUGGUGAAGAUGGAGCGAAGACGUCACAGUGGUUUAAGAAGCCUGAUCCGAAGUUUAAGAAUCCUUGGGGCAUUCAGUAUCACUACUACUCACCGUACGACUACGUUUUCCAGGCCUGGGGCAAAACCACGUGGGGCUCUGACGCCGACAAAGCUGCUCUUGAAGCCGACCUCGCCGCCGUCCGUGGAAACUUCACCGAUAUCCCUCUGGUCAUCGGUGAGUGGGCUGUAUCGCCCGUCGCCACUGAGACUGCAGCGCGCUGGCGAUACUUCGACUUCUUCCUCCGCACAGCAGCAAAAUACAACACUUCGACCAUCCUCUGGGACAACGGAGCCGACUUCCUUGAUCGCGCAACACACGUUUGGCGCGACGAGGUAGCCUUGGACAUCUACCGCAACGCAGUAAAAGGCAUCCCGAAUGCGCUUCCGGAUAGUACUACAGACGGCUCUGCAACGCAGACGAGUUCUGCGCACAUCUACCACCGCAAGAACGAGACUGUAGGAGACGCCACGUUGGGCUUCAUGUUCAACGGAAACACACUCAGUAAGAUUAGCAAAGGAAGCAGACAGCUAGCCAAAGGCAAGGACUACACCGUAUCAGGCGAGAAGAUCACCUUCGCAGCUGCAUACCUCAAAUCGAUCAUCACGCCUACCUCGCCCACCGGCAGUCUAGCAAACCUAACAUUGACUUUCAACCGCGGCGCCGCUCUGCAAAUUAACAUCCUCCAGUACACCACACCAGUCCUAUCCAGCAAAUCCGGGUCCUUACCAGCAGCCGGUCAGGACUUGCUCAUCCCGAUUACAUGGUCUGGCCAGAACAGGCCUGCGGCUGUCAAAGCUACCAAAGCCGAUGGAACGUAUCUGGUGGAUGACUGGACGCAGUACCUACCUGUGCUACAGCAGGGUCGGGCGACGUACGGUAACCAUUGGGACUGGACUGCGCAAGGUGUUGUUAUCAAGGCAGCGGCUUUGGAUGCUGUUAGGGCGGCGGGUCAGGCUGCGACGUUCAUGAUUGAGUUUUAUCCCCGGGAACCGGGGAAUGCGGUGGAGUACACUGUUACUGUUUGA